AGGAGUCCUUAAGAAGGCGUUAUUGCAAUAAUAGCAAGCCACUGUUUUUAAUACCCCACUAAGAGAUCUGCAUUAUCUCCUACAUAGUUCUUAACUAUAAGAUCUCUCUAUUUUCCAAGGUUUCAACUUUGUUCUCUGAUCUCUCUCUCUCUCUGUAUUAGCACUGUUUCAAGGACAAUUGGAGGCAUUGGUAGAUUUUAAGUUUGUUUUGGCACUAUCUGUCACUUCUUUAGACAAGCGUGGUUCUUUGAAAGCUCUCGCAACCAUGAGUUUUGUGUUUCGAGGCUCGAGAGGAGAUAUUGAAAGUGGAUUUUCAGGCUUCAUUCCUGAAAGACCUGCAGUGCGUAUUCAUGCAGCUCGACCAGUUAACUCCAAUUCACUUGCUUUUCUUGUCACGGCAGUUCUUUUGCUGUUCAUGAUUUUAAACUCUCAUCAGAUGUCACCAAACUUCCUGCUUUGGCUGGUUGUGGGUGUCUUUUUGAUGGCCACAAGCUUGAGAAUGUAUGCAACUUGUCAACAACUUCAAGCUCAGGCACGAGCUCAUGCUGCAGCAGCCAGUGGCUUGAUGGGUCACACUGAACUGCGUUUGCAUAUGCCGCCAUCAAUAGCUUUUGCAACAAGAGGACGGUUGCAGGGACUAAGGCUCCAGCUUGCUCUUCUUGACCGUGAAUUUGAUGACUUAGAUUAUGAUACUCUUAGAGCACUGGACUCUGGUAAUGCUUCUACUACCUCAAUGACCGAGGAAGAGAUAAAUGCAUUGCCAGUUCACAAGUAUAAGGUCCCUGUUCAGGAGAAUGGUAGUGCAUCUCUGCAGCAUGCUUCAUCUUCUUCAGCUCCAGCUGAGACAAAGCAAGACUCAAAAAAUGCAGAUGGGAACAUGAAAACUUCAGAAGAUGAAUUGACUUGCACUAUUUGUUUGGAGCAAGUUAACAGGGGGGAACUAGUUCGUAGCUUGCCAUGUUUGCACCAGUUUCAUACCAACUGUAUCGAUCCAUGGCUGCGGCAACAAGGCACGUGCCCAGUUUGUAAAUUUCUGAUCGGUUCCGGAUGGCAAGAAAGCAGAGAGAGUGAAUCUGAUGGGUCGGACAUGGUUUAAUGACUGCCCAAGUAAAUCAAUGAAUCUGUGUAGGAAAACUUUUCUCAUGUCUCAAUCUGUGAUUGCAUGAAAAUGAAUUUCUCUUAUGCCUGUGUAAAUAAUUUAUAGGAUGGGCUUUUAUCUAACCUUUGCUUGACCAGAGGGAAAUUUAGCUUGUAUCGCUCCCUCAUUCUUAGCUCUGCAUAUUAUGGAUUGGAAAGAAGCAAAAAUCAACCGUUGAGCAUUGAUCUGAAAGCAAAAGAAAAGUUGUGACGCGGUCACCCCUGUUGAGCAUGGCUGAUGACGAUGUUCCUGCUCAGGCGUGAUGCAUUAUGAAUCCAACCUAUCUGUAAUAUAAAACGUUUGUGAAAGUUACAUUGCUCAAAACUUUGUCAAUCUCAAAGCCCAUCGUUGGACA